GCAAGUUUUCUUACAUAUUUUUAUGUCUCUGAAACUUGUUUGUUGAUCUUUCUCUGCCGGUAAUCCCGCCGAGUUUCCCUUGGAGAAUUCUGUAUCAGAAACACCAUAGGCGGUUAUGGAUAUAGCUGCUUCUGCUUCUGCUGGUGGCGGUGGUGGACCUGGUGGUGCUGCUGAUGUCCACCAUUCUCGAGAAAAGUAUGAUGUGUUUAACACCAUGGCUGCUUGGCUAGUUGAUGUUAACACCAUCAAGAUCCUACCUUUCCAGCUCCCCACUAUUGGACCGAAUGAUGUUCGAAUUCGAAUUAAGGCUGUCGGCAUUUGCAGAAGUGAUGUUCACUACCUCAAGACCAUGAAAUGUGCAGAUUUUGAGGUUAAGGAGCCGAUGGUGAUCGUACAUGAGUGCGCUGGGAUCGUAGGUAGACAAAGUUGGGAGCGAGGUGAAGCAUCUGGUGCCCGGUGACAGAGUGGCGUUUGAGCCCGGCAUCAUCAGCUGCGCACAUUGCCAGCAGUACAAAGGAGGCCGCUACAAUCUCUGCCCUGUGUUAACAUCAAUUAGGAUUAUUUAUUCAAUUAUUAGUUUUGUUUAUGUUUAUUUAAAUUGUCCUUUUUAUAUUUUUU